AUGAGUCUGAAGAAGCUAUGUUAUUGCCUAUCUCUACUUCUGGUCAUGGUUUUUUCAUGUCAGAAUGGUACUGUUCAUUCUCAGCUUGAAGUGGGGUUCUAUAGAAAUUCAUGCAGAUUUGCUGAGUUCAUCGUUAGAGAUGAGGUUCGAAAAGCUUAUAGGAAGGAUCAGGGAGUGGUGGCCGAUCUUCUUAGAAUGCACUUUCAUGACUGCUUUGUUAGAGGCUGUGAUGGAUCAGUGCUCAUUGACUCAACUCCUACAAACAAAGCAGAGAAAGAUUCUCCUCCAAAUAACCCAAGUCUAAAAGGUUUUGAUGUCCUUGACAAUGCCAAAGCAAGACUAGAGGCUGUUUGCCGAGGCGUUGUUUCCUGUGCUGAUAUAGUCGCAUUUGCAGCAAGAUAUAGCGUUCAAAUAGUUUUCAUAAUCUCCAUGGACAUGUACACUGGAGGGCUUGCCUAUGAUGUUCCUGCUGGAAGGAAAGAUGAAAGGAUUUCAUUAGCUUCAGAGGCAUUGACAAACAUACCUUCCCCAACAUUCAAUCUCAACCAGCUCACUCAGUCUUUUGCAAGCAAGGGUUUAACACAAGAAGAAAUGGUUACACUUUCCGGUAAUUAAUUACAAAACCAAUCUAGAA